AUGAAGCAUGUCGAAGAAAGCAUCAUUCCCAAGAUCGAGGAGAUCAAAAGGAUGGAACAAAAAGUCCUAGCUCUUCAAGACAGCUUGAAUCGAGCUCAAAAGGAAGCGUUGAGGAAACAAGGAUACACAAGGAUGACUCUAGAACAAGCAAACAAAUUUUAUGUGGGCGACGAGGAGCUAAUGCAAGUUAUCAAGGAAGAAGAGAGUUUGGAAGAGAUGAUCCACGAGAUGGCAGAGUACAAAGGUAAAUCAGGAAACCAGACACCGGGUCAUGCGGCAAAAAUGACGCAUUAGGAAACAUUUGAAAUGUUUUCUAGAAUAUAUUGCGAUGCAUUUUUGCCACAUGAUCCGGAUCUCGCCCUGGACUGUAAUAGCCUUCCUUUUAGCGCCCAAACGUUCGAAACGUCAAAUCCUUCAACUCAGACUACUCCAACCUUACGCCUUCGUGAACAAACAACUAAUCACCUCAAUUCUUGGACUCAAUCUUCUCUCACCUUAUGCCUUCUAUCAAACAAUACUGGCCCCAAAAAUUCUUUCCGUAAGCACUCAACUAUAAUUUACACCCCAACUUAUUUUCAGAUGGACGUCUUAAUUCCCCGAGCAUUCAUCUCCUCGGUAUUAUCACCCAGUCUUCUAAUUAGCCGGAUCCUAUCCCCUUCUGCCUUCCGCUACAAACUUUUGUCGCCUUCAUUUAUGUCCGCAGUCAUUCUUACCCCCGAAACUUUCAAAGCAAGUAUUUUGUCGCCAAAUGCCCUGGGUGCAAGAGUAUUAUCUCCAGACGUUUUGACAACCAAAGUUUUAUCUCCAUGCAAGUUCACACCACCUUAUUCAAACGCAUUUUUUCUUUUCUAGCUCUGGGCUCACUAAAAAUAAAUUCACCAUCAAUCGGAAGGUUGCUUGUUUUAUCUCCCUCUUUAUUUGGUACCAAUAUUCACAGCAAAAGUCGCAUGGUCAUCCAGGUAUGAUAAUUUUGCAACGAAAACAAGCAUGUUCAAACACGCCGUAAUUUACACCCUUUUUUAGAUUCUAUCCCCAUCCAUUAUGGGAAUAAGCAUCAAUCCCAGAGAUUAAAGGAAGCGUAG